UCCUUCUCCCUCUUUUCCUCUCUCACUCUCUCCCCCUCUCUCUCCCUCCCACUGUCAGUGUUAUUCUCAAGUGGAGAUGUGGAGUGUCUUUCUCUCUCUCUCUCUGUUUCUCCAGCCAAAUCUAGCUGAGGAAGUGAUGCUGUUGGAUACCACAGAGACUGCGAGUGAGCUGGGCUGGACCACUUACCCAGAUACUGGUUGGGAUGAGGUGAGCAUUCGAGAUGACCGGGGCAGACUCAUCCGCACAUUCGAGGUGUGUCAUGUCAACCCGAACCCCCGUCUCCAAGACAACUGGCUGGCCACGCCCUUCCUGCUGCGGCAGUCAGCACCCCGGAUCUUCGUGACCCUGCGCUUCUCGGUGCGGGAUUGCUCGAGCCUGCGCUCACCCUCACCUUCCUGCCGGGAGACUCUCACUCUGUACUACAGGCAGGCCGACUCCCAGAGAGAGGUGGAGCGCGCCUGGGGGGGGCAGACAAGCAAUGGAGAGAAAGACACGAGGGAGGGAUGGAUUAAGAUUGACACCAUUGCUGCCGACAAAAGCUUCAGCCGGGUGGAGCCUAGUCUGCCUAACCAGUACCAGCCAGACCGGUACCAACAAAUAAACAUCAAGACUCGUAGCUUUGCACCACUGACACGGGCUGGAUUUGUCCUAGCCAUAGUGGACAGUGGAGCCUGCGUGUCCCUAAUGGGCGUGUCCAUCUUUUACCGCCGCUGCCCAUCCGGGAAUCAAAACAUGGCGUUUUUUCCGGCCACUCCCUCAGGGGCAGAGCCCACUGCUCUGGUGCCUGUGGAUGGCAUGUGCGUGCCUCACAGCCAACCGCAGGGAGGAAUGAUACCUCGCAUGCACUGUAACGCAGAAGGCGACUGGAUAGUGCCAGUCGGAGAGUGCAUCUGCGAUGAGGGCUUUGAGCCCAACCACAACAACUCAGCCUGUCAAGGCUGCCAGGUGGGUCAUUUCAAGGCCGUGCCAGGGUCGCUGCCCUGUUCCCCAUGUCCGGCUAAUAGCAGAACCAGCACAGAAGGGUCCAGGAUGUGUGAGUGCAGAAGCGGAUUUUACCGAGCCCCUAAUGAUGCCAACGACACAGCCUGCACAGGUCCUCCAUCGGCACCCCUGUCUCUCUCCUGGGAGUAUGAGAGCGGGGAAGGUGGAGUGUCCCUGCGCUGGCGUCCACCCUUAGACACAGGGGGUCGGCGAGAGGUGUGGUAUACCAUUGUGUGCCGAAUCUGCCCCUCUGCCUCUAUGCUGUCCCCGGGAGUGUGCUCAUGGUGUGGGGAAGCAGUGAGCUACACCCCAUCGCAGACACGCCUUCAACAGACUAAGGUUACACUCAACAACCUGCUCACACGGGUCACCUACCUCAUACAGGUUCAAGCAAUAAAUGACGUAUCGGCUUUGAGUCCCUACCCACCUCAAUAUGCCAGCAUCAACUUCACCACCAGCCAAUCAGUGCCCUCUCCUGUGCCCAUGCUGCACCAGCUUAGCCGAGCAGCAGACUCCAUCACCCUGUCAUGGCCGCAGCCGGACAGGCCCAACGGAGACAUCCUGGAAUACCAACUCAGAUUCUACGACAAGGGCACAGACGACGACAACGCUGUCAGUGUGUUUACAGAGACCAACACAGUCACCAUCAAUGCCCUGGCCCCAGGGUCAAUCUACGCGUUUCAGAUUCGCGCCAGGAAUGAAAGGGGCUUUGGGCCCUACAGCCCCACCGUCUACUUCACUACCCUGCCGCUGGAAGAACAUUCUAUGCAAAUCCAGAAUCGACUGCCUCUGAUGGUUGGCUCCGUGAUGGGAGGGGCUGCCUUCCUAUUGGUCAUUGCAGCUGUUGUCAUUGUGUUUAUGUUCCGAAGGAAAAGGAGAGAAAGCCCUUAUCAUAACAGACUACAAAGAUAUAUUAACAGAGGGGGGGUGAAGUAUUACGUAGACCCUUCUACCUAUGAAGACCCAAGCGAGGCUGUGCGAGACUUUGCCAGAGAGAUUGACCCUGCCCACCUCAAGAUCGAAGAGGUCAUUGGUGCUGCACAGUUUGGCGAAGUGUCCCGGGGCAGGUACCACCCCCUGAGCAGAAGAGAGGUGCAAGUCGCCGUGAAGACUUUGCGAUGGGGAGUGACUGAUCGGGAGAGGGGGGUUUUUCUGAGUGAAGCCGGAGUUCUGGGCCAAUUCGACCACCCCAAUGUCCUAAAACUAGAAGGGGUGAUCACUCGCAGCCCUCCUGACAGGAUCGUCACUGAGUUCAUGGAGAACGGUCCACUGGAUGCAUUUCUCAGGGAAAACCUGGACCAGUUCAGCAUCCUGCAGCUAGUGGGCAUGCUCAGGGGGGUGGGCUCCGGCAUGCGCUACCUCUCUGAGAGAAGCUUCGUCCACCGGGACCUGGCAGCCAGGAACGUGCUGGUGAACGCCAACCUGGUGUGCAAGGUGUCUGACUUUGGCCUGUCGCGCCUCAUGCGGGGGCUUGAACAUGACAUGCCCACCUACACUGCCUCCCUGGGCAGUAAAAUUCCCGUUAGGUGGUCAGCUCCUGAGGCAUUCCAGCAUCGGAAGUUCAGCUCCGCAAGCGACAUCUGGAGUUUUGGGAUUCUGAUGUGGGAGGUGAUGUCAUACGGUGAGCGGCCAUACUGGGACAUGAGCAACCAGGAGGUGAUGAAGUCGGUGGCUGAGCAGUACCGCCUCCCCGCACCCCAUAACUGCCCCCCUGCAGUGCACUCCCUGAUGUUACAGUGUUGGCAGGCAAACAGGCAGGACCGACCAGGUUUUGACUCUCUCCUCUCAUCCCUGGACCGGCUGAUCCGACACCCAGCCUCUCUGAAGACCGAGCACAGCUGGUCCAGCCAGUCGCUGCUCAGCCCCACGCUCACAGAUCUGUCGACAGUAACGACUGUCAGUGAUUGGCUGAGCACCCUCCGGAUGGAGCGGUAUAGGGAGGAGUUUGAGAGGGCCCAGAUACACAGUUUGGAAACAGCCAGCACCUUAACCAUGGAGGACAUGCAAAACCUGGGAGUGAAUCUGCUGGGUCACCAAAGAAAAAUUGUCAAUGCCGCCCAGCAGCUGAAAAUCCAUCUGACGCAGGGUCAGGCUGAAGUAUAGCAGAAAGCUGGCCAUCCCAAACAGCCAGCCCUUGGGUCCUGCAAUCUGCACAUCAUGCACAAAAAACAAGAACACAAUUACUUUUGGACUGGAAGUGUGAAAACAUGUACAUACUUCCGAAAUAGACCACUUCAAUCUCCGUAAACAGAGAGUAUAUCCUGUGAAAAACACAAAGAAGGCUUAUUUUUGCACAAUACUUGUGUAAAAAUACAUCAGAAUGAACUUUGGGAGGUGUGGGUCUAACAUGAAAUACAGGAAAUAGCUGAUUGGGAAAAAGGCAGCAAAUACUAUAAGACAGCUGUUUGGUUCAUUCAUUUAUUUCUCCUACUCCUUUCCUUAUUUGCCUUGUUUAUUUUCCUUCUCCUGAUUUACAUCUUCUCCUAUUUUUCUCCUUAUUUGCCUCUCCUCCUUAUUUCUCCUCCACAUUUACCUUCUCCUCCUUAUUUACCUCUCCUCCUUAUUUCUCCUCCUCAUUUUCCUUGAACCUUUUUCAUUUUCCAUACACUAAUCAUUCAUUUAUUUAUCAUUAUUUAUUCCAUUUAUUAUAUAAAUAAAAAAGGUAAUUAUUAGGGGCUUUCCAGUCCAAGUGCUUGUAUAGUCCAUCUUUUCAUUGCUAUUAUGAGUAUCGUUUACAUUAUUGUUUGUUUUUUAUGGUAAUGAACCUCUUCUGAAUGAUGACUGGCCAAACAAACAAAAUCACUGUGACGUAAAUAAGAAUCAGUGCCAUGUCGAGUUGGCAAGAAGUAAAUCUGGUUACUUUUCUGCUUCAUCAGGCUAGUAGUAUUCAUAUCUCUUUGUAUGUUACAUAGAUUUGUGUCACAGACUAAUAUGAACAAUGUUAAUGUGAAAUACAUCAGGUGAGAGGAGCCAUAUGUGUGAGUGUGUCUGUUUGUGGGAAUGUUCAUGACUAUUCAUCUAUUGCGCAAAUUUGUAAAAUAAAAAGUAAUAAUUUUAUUUAAA